GAUGAACAGCCCUGAAGGAUGUGGUUUAGGCUGAUGAGGAAGGAGGAGAAAGAACCCUUACAAGCGUCUGACAACUUGUGAACAAACUCAAUGUUUAUCUGGUUUUCCCUCAUUUUGGGAUUAUGAAAAUCUUAUAUAAAAUGCUUUGAAGACCAACAUGGAAGUGGAGGCGAAUGGUGAUUUGAGAACUUCCUGGACAUCCACACCAGGAGAGACAUCCAUCCUAGUUGACCAUGCAGCUAAGAAAAGAAAACAGCACAUGAGCCCCAUUCCUGUGAAUCAGAUCAUAGAGGAUGAAGAGGAGGAGAAGGAGGGCCAGAGUAUGACAGACCAAACCAAAGAUUCAGAGGAGCCCAGUUUCAAAAGGGUUAAACCAGUGACCAAGUCCAACAGCCUCACAGGUGUAAUAACCCCGGUCAAGACUCCUGCCUUGAAACGCAUUGGACAGUCUAUAUCGAGGUCUAUCAGUUUUCGCACUGAGGCUCGACCUUUGGCCCCAGCACCUCUGAGGUCCCGGUCCAAGGCCUCGUCGUUUCCACGGAGACGGAACAGCCAGUGUUGGAGUGACACUGUGGAGAGUCACGACCUCACUGCCAAAGAGAUCAAACGACAAGAGGUGAUCUAUGAGCUCACACAGGGAGAGAGGCAGCUCAUUGAGGACCUGAGUCUGGUUAAAAAGGUUUACUAUGAGCCCAUGUUGAAGUUGGACAUUAUGACGGAAAGUGAAUUAGGACAAAUCUUUGGGACUCUGGACUCACUUAUUCCUCUUCAUGAAGAUUUCUUAGAGAGACUUGAGCGUCUCAGAGGAUCAGAGAAGACUGUGGGGGAAGUUGGCCCUACACUUUUAGACUGGUUCCCCUGUCUGGAGGCCUAUGUGACCUACUGCUGUAACCAGGUAGGAGCUAAAGCCUUACUGGACCAAAAGAAGAGUGAGAAGCGAGUGGAGCACUUCUUGCGACUGUGCCAGGAAUCCUCGUUCAGCCGAAAACUGGAUCUCUGGAACUUCUUGGACCUGCCCCGGAGCAGACUGGUCAAAUAUCCGCUCCUAUUAAAAGAGAUUCAGAAGUGCACCCCCGCUGAUCACCCUGAUGAAGACACGCUGCCUGAUGCUUUGGAGAUGAUCCAGAGCAUUGUGGCAGAGGUGAAUGAAAAAACUGAGGCGGAGUGUCAGUUUUACAGAAGAGGUCUGAACUACCUCGAGGAGAGCCAAAGGUUACCCGAAAUCCAACAGUCACGCUUCCUGUACUGCCAUGGAGAGCUCAAGAACAACAAAGGACAGCGAUUGCAUGUUUUCCUGUUUGAGCUGGCGCUAGUGCUGACCAGACCUGGAGAGGACAAAGAUGGUGGUCAAGCCUUCAGUGUUUACAGACAGCCUCUGCCCAACAGCUUAUUGAACCUGGAGGAGAUUCCUGAUGGAGAGGCUGGAGGGGGUGGGGCCUUCAGGGGGGCCUUCACAGGGGGAAACGACAAAGUGAAAAACUGUUUCCGAGUGAGCAGCAGGGGGCGAGCUAAAGCAAACUCCUACAGCCUCCAGGCUAACGACUCCUUCAGUAAACAGCAGUGGAUCACCAGUCUGCGCCAGGCCAUAAUCCAAUCACGAGACAGGAAUGCUCAUGCCGGCCAAUCACUGUUUACCUCCUAUGCGGAUCCCGCCCUCUGUCACAUAGCUGACCUGAGCCUCAGUUCAGAUACAGAGAUGGCUGCCCAAACGAGUCGCUGAGUGGGCAAAUGAGACUUUGGAAGAUUUUUUUGGGAGGACUUUGGAGAUUACAUUUGAGUGACUUUGGAGAUUAUAUAUGAGUGACUUUGGAGUUUUAUAGGCCUGUACUGUUCCAUUGUAAUGGAGGCAGAUUCAUUUUAUAUGGUACAAUCUACUGAUAAUGUGAUAUACAGGUGUUUUGGUAAUAAUGCAUUGUAUUUAUGUAGGGCAUUUCAAGACUACCAAAAAGCUUUACUUUGUAUUAUCAAAUCACUCCACAUUUGGUGUUCGUAAGCUACUAUUGUAGCCAUAGCAGCCCUGGGAUAACUGGAAGAGAGGCUGCCAAUCUGCAUCAUCAUCCUCCUCAACGACCACUCAUUACUCACGCACACCACAUUCAUAAUAGGCAAUAUGGGUGAACUGUCUCACUGUAGCACCUGGUAUUCCCAGCAGUCUCCUAUCCAAGUAAUAACCCGGCCCGGCCUUGCUUAGCUUCUGAGAUCUGACAAGAUUGUGCAUUGACAUUGAUAUGGUUUACUGAUAGUUUCUAUUGCUAUGCCCAUAAACUCUGUCCACAUGUUUCUUGAGGUGAAAAAAUGUAUAUCAUUAUCAUGCAAAGUAGUGAUGUUAUUUAGUCACAUGAAUAUUAAGUGUUUGUGCUUUCUUUCUAGAGCGUUAACACAAUCCAUUGAAGCAGCUGUUAUAGGGAUGGUACAACUUGUGAAAUAUGAAUUUAAAUUGUACAUUGUUUUGAUACAUUUUUUUUUAAAUAAAGUGACACCCAAAAGUCA